AUGUUUAAAAAUAUUGCGCCUUACGUGUUACAAUUCAGGUUCAGUUUCUCGGAGAACAUUGCGGGCCAGUCCCAGCUUAAGUCCUCAGUGCAACGCUCCAUUCGCACAAAGUUAUCGGAGCAGUACCCCAUGCUGGAACCAAUUCUUGAUGAGUUAAUGCCCAAGAAGACACCCAUUAUCCAGAUCAAAGGUCACGAACACAUUACAUUUUUAUCUGUCAAUGGCAAGAUUCUCUUCUUCCAGCACUUUGAUGGCCCAUUCUUCCCUACCGUAAAGCUUUUGCACAAGUAUCCCGAUAUUCUUCCCAAAUUGCAGGUUGAUAGAGGUGCUAUUAAAUUUGUGCUGUCAGGUGCCAACAUUAUGUGUCCUGGUUUGACAUCCAAAGGUGCACGUAUGGAUGUUGAUCUUCCCAAAGAUGCCGUGGUUGCUGUUAUGGCUGAGGGUAAGGAACAUGCACUGGCUGUUGGUCUCCUCAAGAUGAGCACGGAGGAAAUUCGUCGUGUAAACAAGGGAAUUGGAUGUGAUAAUAUCCAUUAUUUAACCGACACUCUCUGGAAGGAAACCGUAGAUUAUUAA